ACUCACAGCUCAAGGUAAAACUUUAAAAAAUUAUAAGAUGUUAAAAAAUAUUAUGUUUUCUGAUUUAUUCUAUUCCGCAAGAAAAAAAAAUACGGUAUUAAUUUAGUAGUAAUAACAGAUAUAGACAAUUAUACUAAAUAAGAAGAAUGUAAAGAAUAAGGACGUGUGUAUAUCAAGAAAGACUAAUGAUAUUUUUACUAUAUUUUUAUUUAGAAGUCGCUCACAAAGUUAAUGAAGUGUUCAAAAUAAGUGAUAUUUUUGAGAAGUUAUUGACAGGAAAAUAAAUUUUUUCAGGUACAAAAGUGCAAGGUUCGCAGAACAAAUGUAAAAAUUGUUUCGCACAAAACAGACAUCAAUUUUGAUGAGGUUAGGAUAUAGCCAAAAUGUAAGAGUAAACAAUAGAAGUUAUCUAAAGAAUGUAAAUAAGUGAUAUAAUUAAUAGAACGAGAUUAUAGAAGCAAAAAAGGUAAAGCGAAACGAAAAGGUCGCAAGUAGAAUAAAACGUAAAAGUAAAAGACUAGCGUGGAAAUUAGGUUGAGAUAGAAUAAAAAAAGAGAAUUUUGCUGUGAGCAAAGAGAGAAGUAGGCGCGUGUAUUAGCAGUGAGAUUGAACGAGCAGGCGUAUAUUGUACGAAUGGUGUGGAAGAUUAGGAAGAAAAUGUGAAGAGGAGAUUUCAAGUUAAAAAGAAAUAAAUAAAGAUAAAGUUAUUAGAGUGUAAAAAAAUAUUAGUGGUUUUGCGAUACUAUAUAUCAAAUGAAAAAAAUACACUUUAAUAACUAUUUUCAAUUUUUUUAAUAUAAUAAUAUUUCUGAGAAAGAUAUUCAUGUACAUAGUAAAUUAAAAAGGCACAAAUAUCUGUAUAAGUGGAUAUAAUAUUAUUAAUAUAAUAGUAUAUAUUAUAUUUUCUUGCAAAAUCCAGACAAUAAUUCGGUUUUUGCAAUAUCCAUUGGAAAAAAUUCGAAGAAAUGAUUAGUCGAUUCGACGAAUUAUUUCUUCGAGUGCGAUGAAAUAAACGCGUCGAAACGUUGCUAAAGUUUUCGUUCUGUUUUCGUGUAACCACGCUUGGGACGUGAAGCAAGGCAUGGUAGAACCCGGUGGAACCUUAACGAUUAUGGAACUCUGUUAUGGACACGGACGCACGCAAGCAUGCAUGCACGCGAGCAGGCACGCACGCAUGCACGCACGCGGGCCACGCACGCGGGAAUUGUUGUUGUCGGCCGCACGGUUGAACGUACGCACGCGAGCACGCACAAAGUGCAGCGUCGCGCGGCCAAGAGGUGCAGACCAAGAAGAGUGCGACGAGUGCACGGCAGUGCAGGUGGAACGAACAGAACAGACACUCCUCCUCUCCCGACUCCGCCGCCGACGAUGUUUGUGCGUGCCUGGCACGACUGCCGUGCCACUGUCGCGCUCGCCGUCCCCGUCGUCGCGUGAGAAGGCAAGGCUCGCGUUCACCGCGCGACAUCACGGUGCGAUAGCGUCUACCUCGACACAGUACGAGCGUGCCGAGCCGUGCCGUGCCGCGCCGUGCCUGCUGCACUAUCCCGCGCGACAUGUCAAGUCAAAUAUGCCUAAAGUGGAACAGUUUUCUCAGCAAUAUCGCGACCAGCUUCGAGAGUCUGUGGGAGGAAGAGGGUCUGGUGGACGUGACUCUCGCCAGUGACGGACAGUGUCUUACGGCGCACAAGGUGAUACUCUCGGCCAGCAGUCCCUUCUUCAAGAAGGUCUUCCAGACAAACCCAUGUCAGCAUCCAGUUAUAAUACUUCAAGAUGUACAUUUUAGCGAAUUGGAGGCACUACUUAUAUUUAUAUACAAAGGAGAGGUGAAUAUCGAGCAGAAGAACUUACCUGCACUUUUGAAAGCUGCAGAAACAUUACAAAUUCGGGGUCUGUCCGGUGGAGACAUCUUUGCAAAGGAGUCGUACAAAAGACUAGCUGAAUUAGAGCAGGCUGUGGCUGAAGAUGCACCGCUGAUUAAAGAGGAGACACCUAAGAAGAAGCAGAAAGUCAGCAAGCAGCAGAGCAAUUCUAUUUUGGAGAAAGCACUAACGCCUAGAAUAUCGCAGUCGGAGAAUACAAAUGAGUCCGCGGCGAGUGAUCAGAGCGGGAAAGACGGGGAGUACACGUUGCCUGAGACAUUGCCCAAUCCAGUGUAUCAUCGUCUGGAGAUGAAAAUAGAACCAUUGGAACUGGCUGUGGAAGACAUUCAGAGACGAUCUCCGUUAGAUAAGGAUGCAGCGGAGAGGUUAGACACGGGACAGUCGGAUGGGAAUCAAGGAGCGUCCUCGUCGAAGCCGAUUGUGACGGUGAUAGCCGAGGCUCGUCAUGCUUCUCCAGAUCCGCAGACACACGAAACAGAUCCGUUCGCAGUCGAACAAAGUUCUCCGUGGGACACCUCGAAGUACGCGGAAGACCCGCUACCGUCUGACUCGCGGGGUCAUUUUCAUGGUGAGCAAGCGUUCGAUCAAGCUGAGUCCUCGGGUUUCUUCGCGGGACACAGUCCGGGCGCCUCGCAGCCCGGCCUCUCUGCGUUAGCCGAGUCCUACGGCACGGAUCUGUCGGAAGAAAUGAUAAAAGGCGGGCCGGCUUAUCCACCGUUCCCGUGUCCUUUUUGCGAUAGAGCGUAUACGAGCUGGGGUUUUCGUAGAAGGCAUAUAAAAGCUGUCCACACCAUCUCACCGUCCCUCAAUUGCAAGUGGUGCUUACAAGUUCUCCCUACGCACGCGGCCUGGAGACGGCACGUGAUAUCAGCGCACAAUCUAUCGGCCAGCGACGCACACAAUGGUCUCUUAAUCUUGGAAGAGGCGCACAUGGUUCUGCAAAUAGCACAUCCUACCAGAUUGGAUACAUUGGUCAACAUCAUCAAGCAGAGUUCUCAACAGAAUAACAGUCACGAGUCCGCUCAACCAGACAAAGAGUAGACUAUCGCAAAUCGAGCACGAGUGACGCUUACAAUCUCUCGUGUUUUGAGGACUUUUUUCUGUUAAUUUUUUAUUUUGAUAAAAUCCACAGAUUUUUCCAAGAAGUGAAUUGUUAUGUUCGAAGUUGAUGCAAAAUUAUCUUUUUAUACGAAAAUUUAUAUUUUUACUCGAAAAUUUCAGACAGUUACAUAAAUAUAAAAUGUAUUUUUAAUUAAUAUUUAUACGUUACUUUAAGAUAUAUUAAUAUAUCCGCCCACAGUCAUGUAUGCGUGUGUAUGUGAGAAUUUAAGACGUACGUUAUAUCAUUAUUUAUUAUUUUUGAGUCAAAAUUGUCAUUCUCAAACUUUGACAAAAAGAACAACCUGAAGGAUAUUGUUAUGAGAUUGAAUAUAUAAAAAUAUGACAAAAUGUAAUAUGAUCCAUGUCUUUGUACUAUAUACGUACUAUACUUGUACUACUGUGAUGUUGCUGAACUAACUGCUUAAAGCAUCGCGCUCAUAUGAUUCUUCCAUAUAUUUAUAUAUGUUAUAUUUUAUAUAUGCUUAAGUUAUUAACUUUUAGACUGCCGCGAAAGCCACUUUUAUGGCUUUGCACAAAUCUCAAAAUUCUGUGCCAUGUGUAUGUUAUUUAUAUAGAAAAGUUUUUGAGA